CAUUAAAGAUGGUGUCCCAAGGUCUUCCCUUCACCAUAGUUUUUCUCUUGGCCACUCUAAUCACACUUGGUGAAGCCAAUAACAACCGUAAGCUCCUACAAACAUACACUAACUACCAACCGGAACAUUCCCCUCUUCCAUCUCCGGUCUAUUCUCCUCCGGCUGAUCUUCCUCCUCCUCCUACGCCAGUCUAUUCUCCUCCGGCUGAUCUUCCCCCUCCUCCUACUCCAGUUUAUUCUCCUCCAGCGGAUCUUCCUCCUCCUCCAUCUCCGAUCUAUCCUCCUCCAGCUGAUCUUCCUCCUCCUCCUACUUCGGUUUAUUUUCCAUCUGUGGAUCUUCCUCUUCCUCCUACUCCGAUCUACCCUUCUCCGAUUGAUCUUCCUCCUCCUCAAGCUUACCAAGCCUACUAUUACAGGAAAUCUCCACCACCACCACCCUCAAGAUACGGAAAAGUGUAUCCACCUCCGCCCGCCAGACCAUGGUGGUGGUUGAUAUGA